GUCCACGCCUCCCUUUCUGCCUCAUCCUCCUCUCUUCAUCAGAACUCGCUGCAGCCUCUCGGUUCUUUAUUGCACUUUGAUUGAUUCCAUCUCGAUCUGUGCAGCGCUGCGUUCAGGAGCCUCAACAUUUAAACCUCUUUACUUUGCUUCUGCUUUGUUUGACACUCCGCUCCUUGCACACCACCUCGCCUGCCUAGAACAUUGUGUCCUUUGUGGGGGAAAAUGACUGCAAAGCAUCGCAAAGGGAAGAACAACUACAAACAUGAAGAUAACUUUUUCAAAAACGAUGUCACGGAGACAGAAGUUCGCGGUGGGGGGAACAACAUCGCUCUCCACUUGGUUUUAUUCCUGCUGAUAGUAAUAUGCGGUGCUACUGGCUCAUGGUUCUGUUUCCAGCAGCACCAAACUUUAACCUACUUAACAGACAAUCUCAUGGGCAUGCAGAUGAAAAUAGUGAAGCUACAGUCGUCCCACGAAGAUAUGAGACAGUCAAAUAACCAGCAGCAAGCCUCAGAGAGCAUGGAGAUCCGCCUGAAUGCUCUGGAGGACUCCUACGCACUGGCCCAGAAACAGGCGGGCAUGGCCUUGGCUACAGCGGAGCAGCUCAGGACGUCCGACCUCCCCGCUCAGGUGAUGUCUCUCCACACGGAGAUGAAGAACCGCCUGGCGGAGAUGCAGCAGGCCACCGUGUCCCUGGAGCAGCUGAGCCAGCUGCAGAGCAUGCUGAGAGGCAAGAGCGAGGAGUUUGAGGUGGUCAGGAUCCAGGUGGAGGGUCUGUCCACGCUGAGCGACCAACUGUCCCAGAAGGUGGAAGGCUUGACGGGGGGCAUGGGAGAGGCCGAGUCGAAACUGGAUGAGGUGGCCACGCUGAGCGCCAGCAUGGACGGACAGGCGGCCGAGGUGCAGAUGCUGAAGCAGCAGCUGGAGAACUACCAGGCUCAGCUGGAGGCCAGCACUCUAGAGAUGGCUAAUGUCAGAGGGUUGAUCGAGAAUGAACAGCUCCAGCAGGGCAGCGUGGAGGAACAGAUCGAAACGCCUGUGGAAGAAACAGCUGAAGAGGUAGCUCCCGCAGUCGAGGAAGAGGCAGCUCCCGCAGUCGAGGAAGAGGCAGCUCCCGCAGUCGAGGAAGAGGCAGCUCCCGCAGUCGAGGAAGAGGCAGCUCCCGCAGUCGAGGAAGAGGCAGCUCCCGCAGUCGAGGAAGAGGCAGCUCCCGCAGUCGAGGAAGAGGCAGCUCCCGCAGUCGAGGAAGAGGCAGCUCCCGCAGUCGAGGAAGAGGCAGCUCCCGCACCUGAAGAAGUGGAGGAACUUCCUGCAGAUGUAGAAGAAGAGGCAGCCAAUACUGAGGCAGAAGGAGCAGGAGAGGAAAGCGAAGAAGAGGCAGCUGCACAGGAAGUAGCCCCUGUGGAGCAGGAGGACUCUGUGACAGAUGAAGCUGCUCCUGCAGAGGAGGCUGAGGAAGAGGAGUCUGUAGAGGAGACCCAGGAAGCAGAGGAGGUGGUGUCUGAAGGAGAUGGGGGACUGGAAGAGAAGGAAGUGUUAGAAGAAGAGGAAGAACAGCAGGAUGUAGCAGCUGAAGAGGAGGCGGAAGAGACGGAUGAAGAAGAGGAGCCAUUAGAAAAUGAUGCUUCACCAGAAGAUGAAUAGUGCAUAUCGCCGGAAAGGAAAACAUUUCCACACAGGACAUAUCAAGAAAGGAGAAUGGCAACUUUUCUCAGUACAAAAUCACAGUCAACAAUAGGACAGAUACUGUAGAAGGCAUUAUUGAUUGCUGUUGUUUUGGUGCCGUUUUCAUUACAUGGUUGCUCUUUGAAAGGCAGACCUCAGUCAGAAGAAAUUAGUCACUACGCUGGACCUCAAAACAUGAGUUUGGAAAUGGGUGAUUCAGGGUGUUCCUGCCAAUAACAACCUCAGAAGCCUUAAUCCAUCAAAUAAUGACUUGUCUUUCUACAGAGCCUUUUCCGCUUUUCAUCAAUCACACUUUGUCAAAUUUAGUAUCUGUAAUAAGCUGGAAAACUCAAAGCCAAUGCCAUAAGAAGAAGUUACUGCCUAAACUGUUUGUCAAUGCACUUGAAGCCAUAAGUAAUGCCUGUUUUUGUUACAGUAACUAAAUGUCUCCCAGUUGUUUACACAGACAACAUGGGCAACUAAAGAGCUAACAAAAUAAUUAAAAAAAAGCAUCUUUGAUGAGAUAAACAAGAACUAUUCCUGUCUUUAAAAUAUAGGACAAACUGUAGUUGAUAGAUUUUUUUUAACUUUUGAAAGUACUGUGUUUCAGUGCUUUAAAAACUGGAGGUUUGCUUUGACCCAGCACUUUCCUUCAACUGAUUACACCCAGACACCUGUAGUUUGUAAUAUACAGUGGUCUUAAAGUCCUCUACCAAGAACUAUUUCAGUAACAUCAUCCUACUGAUUUCUUACUUUUUAUUCAGAUUCUAAUUUCUCUUCAGACUAUGCAUCAUGUAAUGCUGUUGUGAGCCACAAUACAAACAGAGAUUAUAUGAAUUAUUGUCCCUUUUAAUAAUGUUUGGAAAAAAAGCAGUUUUCUGUAACUUUUAAAACAGCUUUUAGGAAUAAAACUGCUAUAAAAUCAUCACUGUUGGUACCAAUGAGUUAACAUUACAGCUGCACAUGUAGAGCUUGUGUGUGAAGACCGCCACAUGACAGGUUAGAGCAAGCCAACAGAAGGACUGCCUAACACUGCAGAGUCAUGUUGGACGUUUAAGGAGAAGAAACUUCCACUGAACCAGAAACUUGGAUCGAAACGUCACCAGAUCUGAACUCGGCUGAACAUGUCUGGGAACAAUAGAAACAAACAAAGGACAACACAUAAGGUCUCAUCACAAGACUCAAGUUCUCUAAUAUGUUCUGAAGACAACUGGAUAAUGUGAAUUCUCAAAUAAGGUAGAAAUAAUGUGUUUAGGGCAAAUAAUAGACAUAUCAACUAAUAAUGAUAUCUAAUGUGUUGUUUUAAUAUUACCUCUUUGGAGACAUGACAAAUGUGUACAUGGUCAUGCUUCAAACAUGUGUAAUGUGUUUCUGUAGCCAUUCUGUAAGUUCUUGGUAUCAUAAGACCUGGGCGCCACUGUACAAUUUACUGAGACUUUUCACUUUUACAAAAUGCCGUUUUUGCCAAUACAUUGGUUACUGUCAGUAUGAGAUUCAUGUUUUUAAAAUAAACCUUGGUUCUUUGA